UAGUGAGACUCAAAUGAUUUUUCUACAAAAAUUUUAUUGCCAAAUAAAAUAUUGUUUUCUUCUGUUAAUAAAAAAAUCUAUCGACUUAUUUGUGUACAUAAAAAAUACAAGUUUUUGCAAAAAAUUUCAUUUUAAUAGCGAAAGUUAUACAGUGUUAAGGAAAUCGCCUCAAUCAAUUAAUAAUGAACCAAUUAUUGGAAUUUUGAGUCAAGAAAUUUCUUACAGUUUGAAUAAGAAAUAUCCCAAUCAAUAUAAUAGUUACAUAGCUGCUUCAUAUGUUAAAUUUAUUGAAGGAGCAGGCGGUAGAUGUGUUCCAAUAUGGAUUGGAAAAAAUGAUUCCUAUUACGAGGAUAUAAUGAGUAAAAUUAACGGAAUACUUUUCCCAGGAGGAUCAACUUAUUUUAAUCAAAAAAAUGGUUAUGCUGACGCCGGUGAAAAAAUUUACAAAAUUGCCAAAAGUUACAAUGACAAUGAAGAUUAUUUUCCUAUCUUGGGGACAUGUUUGGGUUUCGAAUUGUUAACUUAUCUUGCUGCUGAUCGUGUGGAACAUAGAUCAAAUUGUUCUUCUAAUGCUCAAGCACUUCCUAUAAAAUUUACUUCAAAUUACAAUCAGAGUCAAAUGUUCAAAAAUGCCCCGAAAAAGGUGCUUCAAAUUCUCCAAUUAGAAAAUGUGACAGCUAAUUUUCACAAUUUUUGUGUCACAAAAUCAGAUUUGAAAAAAGUUAACUUGACUGAUGUAUUCAAUGUCAUGUCAUUAAAUUACGAUCAAAAUGGUUUAGAAUUUAUAUCGACUAUUGAAGAUAAAAAAUAUCCAUUUUAUGGACUACAAUUUCAUCCAGAAAAAAAUGAUUACGAAUGGAUUAGAGGAAAAAAUAUUCCACAUGGAAAUAAUCCUACAAUUGUAAAUCAGUAUUUUGCCAAUUUUUUUGUUAAUGAAGCUCGAAAAAAUUUGCAUAUUUUUCAAGAUAAAAAUGAAGAGAUGAACAGUUUAAUUUAUAACUAUCCUGUAACAUAUACUGGUUUGAAGAAAUCAUCAUUUGUCCAAUGCUACAUGUUUAACACUAAUUAAAUUAUUUUUAUUUAUUUAAUUUCGAAAAUAAAAUAUUUUCUAUUAUUUAAAAAAAAAAUGAAAUACUCGCCAAAUGAUGAUUUAAAAAUUUGUAUUAUAAAAAAAAAAUAAAAUAAAUAUAA